UUUAACGACACGUUUAUAUAUUUACGCGAUCUCACCCAAAACCUCUAUUAUGGAUGAUAUUGGUCGCGAAAGCCUUCGUGCUAAAGGGAUCUUUGUUAUUGUAUCGAACCCUAAGAAGCCAACGUGCCCAGCCGUUCAGAUAUCCCACAGUGGCUGAGCGCCGCCGUUCAAUUUGCCGACAUUUCAUUGGUGUAGACGAACCGGGGUGGGGGUUGGGGGUGCACUUCGCUGGCCAAUCAGAAGCGCGCUUCCGCCUAUCCUGCGUGGGAAAUUGAGCGGUGACGUCCGUUGCAGCACAGGCGCGUUAGAUUUUGUAGCGCGCUUCGGGACGGUACGUCCGCGAUUGGUCACUCGGCGGAGCCGUUGACCAAUCGGCGACGACGACAGCUCCGAUCACGUGCGGACCCCGCUGCUUAUCCGAUGUGGGAAAUACAAAGCGGCUGGGGGUUACAGGCGUGGGGCAUUGGGAGGUCGUGAGGAAACAAGAAUUGCUGAUCUUGUCCGCAGGUGCGAAACAAAACAAUAAUUGCGAGAAUGGAGAUCGGGCUGUCAAACGGCCACGACACGGUUCUUGUGCACGCUUUCGAGAUAGCGUCCAUGGGCUGGUGCUGGGCUCUCGCCGACACGAUGCCCUGGCAGCGCUGGGGUGACCUCGGCACGGGUCGCAAGGUCGCCGUCCUCUUGGCCGUCCCCUCCGGAGCUUUGCUGCUCUACUUCCUCUACCACCGCCUCCGCGAGGAUGGUGACGAGGACUUGGCGCAGAACAGCAGCGGCGUAGCGCGCAGGAGCCUCACGACGGUGGAGAUGAGCGUCCCGGUGUCGGCCUUGGGCGCCAUCAUCGGCAAGCAGGGCACCACCAUCAACCAGCUGCAACGGGAGACGGGGGCCCAGCUGAUUGUGCAGCGGGCGGCGAGGGGCGAGCGAGACGCACGUGGCCAGGAGGUGGUGCGCAUUCGCGGCACGCCGGACGACGUGUGCCGCGCCAGCGUCGCCCUCCACCGCAUCGUGGCGGAGAGCGCCACCACGGUGGAGGAGCUGCGCCUCCCGCAGAGGGCGGUCGGCAGGAUCAUGGGCCGAGGUGGGCAGAGCAUCCGCGCCAUCCAACGGCACUCCAACGCCAAGAUCAACUGCGAGAACGCAGGCGGGCUGCACCCGGACAGCGAGAGGGUGUUUACCAUCGUGGGCACGCACCAGCAGAUUGAGAUGGCGAAGUCGCUGCUCCUCGAGAAAGUGGCGGAGGAAGAGGCCUUCCGGAGCGAGAUGCUGUCCUCCGUGGCCGCACGCCACAAGAGGAAGGUGUCUGGGACGUGCCACUCGGUACGCGGCCCCAACCUCAACGUCGCCGCUGCGACCACCGCCGUCGAUGCGGCUGCUACAGCCACCGUCGCCUGCACCUUCGCCGCAGCCGCCACUUUCAGCACCGCCACCACCACCGUCGCCACCGCCACUUUCAGCACCGCCGCGGCUGCCGCCACUGUCGCCGCCUGCAACUUCACCACCGCUAUCACCGCCUCCAGCGCCGCCACCGCCUUCACCUUCACCACGCGGCCCGGACAGCGCCCGCCCCCCAGCAGGGGUGAGGGCUCUGACCCGUGCCCAGAAGCGACGACGGAACCCGUGUCGUCCCGCCAGUCGUCCCGCCAGUCGCCCCGCCAGUCGCCCCGCGAGUGGCCCCGCGAGUCGUCGCCCUGCGAGUCGUCGCCCCGCGAGUCGUCGCCCCGCCAGUCGCCCCGCCAGUCGCCCCGCCAGUCGCCCCGCCAGUCGCCCCGCCAGUCGCCCCGCCAGUCGCCCCGCCAGGUCUGCAGGGCCACGUUUCAGGUGCCGAGCCCGGUGGCGGCGACGGCGGCCGGCGAGUUCUUCGAGGUGUACUUGUCGGCCCUCGAACACCCGGGCCACGCGUGGCUGCAGAUCCUGGGGCCGCGCUCGCUGCAGCUCGACCGGCUCACCGCCGAGAUGAGCAUCUACUACGGCUCGGAGGACUCCGCCGCCGAGGCCAUGCCCGCGCCCGGCAUUGGCGACGUGGUAUCCGCCCCCUUCGACCACGCCAGUGUGUGGUACCGCGCGCGCGUCGCCCGUCCUCCGAGCGCCGACACCGUCGAGCUCUACUACGUCGACUACGGCGACAGCGCCGUCGUGCCCGCCGGCAGCCUGCGGCCUCUGCGGAGCGACUUUCUGAGUCUCCCCUUCCAAGCGGUCGAAUGCAGCCUCGCCCAGGUGAAGCCAGUCGGCGAGUGCUGGAGCGAGGAGGCGAGCGACGAGUUUGAGCGGCUCACGCACUGCGCCUGCUGGACGGCGCUGCAGGCCAAGAUCGUGCGCUACGUGGCCACGGAGAGCGGAGUCGUGCCCAGCGUGCAGCUCAUCGACGUCACUGGCGAGCAGAGCGUGGACGUCGCCGCGGAGCUCGUGAGGCUCGGCCACGCCGCCUGGGAGGAGCCCGAGCCGGAGGAGGGCACCGGCGGCACCGACGGGGGGCAAAGCCCAGGGCCGGCAGCUGCCAAGAUUCAGAACGGAACCGCGUUGACCGUGUCGGCUCCUGAAGUCGGAGGAGACGCCGAGGCGUCGGACGAGAAGUUGGACGAGUCCGCAGGUGACGCCGGCGCGAGUCCGGGGAUCGGCGAGCCGCGUGCGGAGACGACGACCGGAGAAGAGGGAAGCCUUCGAGGAACGCUCUCAACCUAGCGGGGGGAGGGGA